AUGCGGAAACGGUUCGAGAGCCAGCGCACAUUCUUCGAGGAGCUCGACCGUGUUCUAGCAAGAUCCGAAGUUGCAAACACGCUCGAAGAGCUAGACGAGCUCAUCCUCAAGUUUGUGCGGCGGUGUGCGCUGUAUCAUGACGACUUCCUGCGAGAUCCUGAAGAUAUUCGGCGCGCCAUGGAGCUGCUCCUCGACUCGGACUUGUUCCAGUUCAACGACCAGCGGAUGGUGGGGAUCAUGAUGUCGCAGGCAGUGAACAACACAAACCCCCACGAACUAUACAUCUGGUACUAUCUUAUCGCGCAUUACGGAUUGCGGCAUCCUUCGUUGUUUCGGUCGCACCGAAAGUGGGCAAAGCUGUUGCCCACACUCAUGGAGACGGUGGAGGUCAUCCCGGACGACGAAGGUUGGGUAGAUGGUCUGCCGCCAAUCGAGCACCGCCUACACCUGCCCGCAACGCAGCUGUUAUACGAGGUCUGCCGGGUCAUGCGGCUCACUGAGACUGAGCUUGAUCUCUUCACGGACACUUUCAUCGACCACCUCUUCGACAUUGUCGAGCAGUCGCGGAGCGACCGUGACGACGUCCUAGGUCAGGCGGUGGUCAAGCUCAUCCUUGCUCUCAACGAGCAGUUCAUGGUGUGGUCGCUGCCGAAACAUCACAAGAAGCCGGAACGCAUGCGUUGCUCGUCGCACUCCAAUCUCGUGGCUGAGAAGAACGCAUCACCCGAACCAACGGCACCUCUCCGUCCAACACGGCCGCGGGCGCACAGCGUUGCACCGGUGUCAUUGGCUACGAUCGGCAAGGAGCAGGUUGCGGCAGAAGACGGCGUUGUUGAAGAGACGAAGAGACAUAAUCGCGUCCUCGUCGUCCUCAUGCGGCGGCUCGGGAGCUCUAAGGCCUUCGGGGAGUUUAUGUGCUUCAUGCUCAACCGUGCCGAAGAUGUCGAGACGCCUGAGGGCCUCGGCGCACAGCUCAUCAUCCUGAAGAUGCUCUACCUGCUCUUCACGACACCAGGCACACAGGAGUACUUCUACUCGAACGACCUGCGGGUCGUCAUCGACGUGUUCAUCCGCAUGCUCAUAGACCUCCCGGAGGAGCUUAACCAGCUGCGGCACACCAUGCUGCGCGUUCUUUACCCGCUGUUGUGCAACUCCCAGAUGAAGACGGACACGUAUAAGCGCUCGCAGCUGACCCUGGUGCUUAACUCGCUCGUGGCGAACGAGCACAUCCACGAUGUGGACCCAACUACCAAGCGACUAGUCCACCGGUGUCUGUCUGCGGUGAAGGAGUGCGCAGAACGGCGCGCUGAAUCCGAACCAGCGGCGCCGAGGCCGAGGCACUUGUCCCCAGACACGACGGUCAACCUGUGCUCGCUCGAGGCCGCCCUCCCAAACCCGCACAAGUCACCGUAUACCAACGGAAACCCAGUGCGCGUGACCAGUCUCAUUGACGUGUCGGCGGGCGCGCUCGAGCGACCAGGCUCUGCCGCCAGCACGAACGUCGACUCACCCCUCGACCGGAGCGCGAGCAACACGCCGUUGCCCACAAUCCGGCCCAGAGCACGGCGCAAGGCUCCUGCCCCGCCUGCGAAGAGAAAGCACUCGGCCGCCAGCACCAUGUCGAGCACGAGCGACGUCGACGACGGGGGCAUCCCCACUCAGCCGCCCGGCCUGGUCGACGUUGGGGCAAGCAACGUCCCACCCCCCAUCGUGGAGGUGACACGCCCCGAGUGGGUUACCUUCACAGCCUAG